AUGAAGCUCCCAAUUGUCCCAAUAUAUGCCGUUUCGAACGAUUCGAUUGGAAAAGAAGCACUCCGGGAAUCCAAUCACACGCUGCCACAUCCCAUCCCACUUGCCAUUCCGCCAACCCGACCCGCCGUCCGUCGCCCCCAUGGACCCUCCUCCUCCUACCCCCACCGCCCUGACCACCGCGCCGCCGACGCCGCCGCCGCUGCUCCUCCGCCGCCUCUCUGCCGCCGACGCCUCCCUCUCCGGGCUCCUCCACCGCCACAACUUCCUCCCCGCCCGGCCUUCCUCCUCCUCGAGCUCUCCGCCGACUUCCGCCUCUUCUUCCCCGUCGCCCUCUCCCUCUACCUCUCCCCGAUCCCCUCCCUCCGCCCCCUCCUCGCGCCCCUCAUCCUCGGCCUCCUCCUCGACCUGGCCCUCGUCGGCCUCGUGAAGCUCCUCUUCCGCCGCCCCCGCCCCGCCUACAACAAGGACAUGAGCGUCGCCGUCUCCGUCGACCACUACUCCUUCCCCAGCGGGCACGCCUCUAGGGUUUGCUUCGUCGCCGCCUUGGUCUGCCUCUCGGCCGAGGCGAUGGAAGGGGCCGUCGCGGAAUCGAGGUCCGGCGGAUUCGUGGAUCGGUGGAUCGCCGAGGGCGGCGAGCGGAAGCUCGUGGAGCUCGUGGUUCUGGUGGCUUCCGUUUGGGCGGCGGCGACGGCGGGUUCUAGAGUGUUGCUCGGGCGGCAUUACGUGUGCGAUGUGUUGGCGGGAGCGUGCUUGGGUGUGAUCGAAGGUUGGCUUGCGUAUUCUUACCUGAGGUUGUAGUGUUUGAGGUAAGAAGCUUCUGUAAUAUCUGAUCUUUUGUUGACUAUGAUUGACAGAUAGGUGAGAGAGAGAGAGAGAGAGAGAGAGAUCACUGUAAUCUACUGAUGAUAAGAUCACUGCAAUGCGAAAAAGUUCUGAAAUUGUAUGUCAUUAGAGCCUGUCAUUUUCCAUGAAUGAUGCUUUUCUGCAAGAAUGUUGCGCUUAUUUGGUGGAUAGCAACCUCACUUUGGAGUAGAACUAUGUGUGUCAGCGUGUAGUGCAGGUGGGAUGUUGAACUAUGGAUGCAUAGAUUUAUCUAGUAGUCACUUAGGAUUAUGCGGAUGAGGUGCACAUUACUGACCAUGUAUUACUGGCAUUGGUUGGCCCCUCUUAUACGACGUUGUCAUGCGAAUUGGCUGGCUAUGGUGAGAUUUAAGGACCAUGGAUUUCCUGCAUACCAGGCUGCAGCAUGGCAAUCUUUGGGAUUAUUGGUUUGUCACCCAUGGGCAACACUUGAGAAACGAUGGGUCUACUGUCAUAAGCUUUGCUUAUGUUCUUCCAACGGAUCAAAUUUUGUGCAAGCCCAUCGAAGGCGGUUUGUCAACAAUUGGAAGGGCAGUCUUUCCACCUGCUGGUUGAAGUUAUCUUCUAAAAGAUCUUGGUCUUAGAUGUAAUUUUUCCUUGUUCCUCUGAUCCCUGCUUUCAUGGGAGCAUGUUGUGAAGUUUCACAGCUUGGCAUAUGAAGCUGUCGUGUCUGAUUUCAUAAUUUUUUUUUUUUUUUCUAAUCUCUCUAUCAACACCUCAUUUUAUCAAUGCAUGUUUCUGAUUCAUUGAUUGAA